ACAGGAAGAGUUGCCUUUACCUAGCAAGUGUGGGACUACAUCUCUACAUCUUCAGUGUUUGACGGAAAAGAAGAAUGCGUUUAAGGAUAUUAAUUUUCGCACUUGUUUGCCUAGGUGGCUGUCUAGGUGAGCAGCCAGUUGACAAGGACAGUAAUAGCCCAACGAAGACGAAUGGACAGGAAGGUGAUGUUCUAGAGAAGGCAGAAGAUCCAGGACAAGGUAGCGAGCCUAAGAAGACCAUGCCGGCAGAGGGCAGCUCUCCACAGGAAGUGCAGGGAACUCCAAAAGCACAGAGCCAAGCUGUAGCACAACCUGGUCCAGGCCAAGCCAGUAGCAGCUCCUCCACAGGAAAUGGCAAAGAUGUUGUGCAACAUAACAACGUAAGCAACGGGAAGGUUGAUGCUGGACAAAAUUCUACUCCUGAGAAGGAAAAGGAGCAGGGAGAUACAAAGAACAAGGGGGAUACAGAGAACACUCCAGGGAAACAGCCUAAACCCAAUGCCACGCCAGCACAAGAUACAGAUCCAGGUGAUGCUCCUAAACAAGGAGAGUCAAGCAACGUUGCCACUUCUACGGAACAGAAGGGUUCUCCUAAAAAUGACGCAGUAAGCAACAGCGCCACUUCAGGAAACAAUGACCCAGCACAUAAUGGGUCUGCUGAACCAGACACAAGCAACAAUGCUGCCACAGGAAAAGAUGCUGAACAAGAUGGUGCCCCCAAACAGGAGGGCCCUGACAAAGGCGGCAUCCCUGCAACCAACUCAGCUGAAACUGAUGGAAAAGAAGAAACGGCCAACAAAGAGGACAAGGAUGAAACAGUGGUCGACAAUAAAUCGGAAGGUGGAGUAACGACCAAACCCCCCAAAAAGGAAACCCCAACUAAAGAUGGGACUACAAUAGAUGGAGACGCAGAAACACAGGAUACUGACAAUGACAAAGACUAUGAACAAGAGAAUCCGCAAGACAAUGACCCCAACACAAUAAUCAAUGUUGACAACACUGAGCCCAAAGUGAAUGCUGGAGUGAAGACACCCGCGGAUGACGCAGAGAGCAGCCAUUUCUUUGCUUACUUGGUUUCCACAGCAAUGCUGGUAGCAUUGCUCUACAUCGGCUACCACAACAAACGAAAGAUUAUAGCAUUUCUGGUGGAGGGAAGACGAUCAAACUCCACACGAAGACCAAAAAGUGGCAAGUAUCAGAAGCUUGAGCAACAAAUUUGAAGAGGGUGCCUUAGCUGCGCGUCUAAAUCGAGUUACCAGCCUGUGGAGAGGAUUUAUACUGGCCAAUGUCAUAAAUCCUGUUUUUCAACAUCAACUCAUAAACUGACCAUUGACAUUGACUUUGACCCAAGAUUCCAAUAAACACAGGGGUGAGUUUCCCAACACCAUUUUGCUAACCAGUUAGCAACUUGCAGUAGUUUGUUGGCUAUGAAAAUUGGCAUCGCAGAGAGCAUUGGGUUUCUACACUCUUUGUUGGAACCAACAAAAUAUGUAAUGUAGACAGUAACUAUGGCAUUGGGGAAACGGACACCGGGUCUUGAAAAGCUUUGCACUAUUGUGAUGUUUUGAGCACUGUGCAAUGCAUUUAAAAAAAUGUAAAAAUCUUAGUUGUGUUUCAAACUCAAGUGCUGUUUGCAUACAGAUUUUUUUUCCAUUAUAGAUGUUGUGUCUGUCUUAUUUAUGAGUUCUUAAGAUAUUUGAAGUAAUGUAGAAAAAUAGAGAAAAUCUAAGCCAUGAACUGUCAUGAAUCCGUGACCCAAACAAUUAAGCCUUUUUAAUCAUUCUGAAUGACCUUGUUGAGUUCAAAAUGGAUUUCCUGUGUUUCUGGGUUUCCUGCGGAUCUCUGUAUUUGAAAAUGAAGUGAUCUUUAUAUGUUCUCUUUUGAUUAUAAUGAUAUGAUUGGAAUGCCUUAUGUAUGUGUUUCUAAGAACAUAGGGUGUACCAAAAAUGAUGCACACUUCAAAAUCAUUGCAAAGUAAGUGUUAAUUUGCAUUGAAAUGGAUUAUACCGUACUGGCGAUUUAAAGGUGAAAAACAUUAACAAAAACUGUGGAACGAGAAAGCACACUUAAAUGCUUUUGUUUAUUUAACUGAAAAGCUUGGACCGAAAGUUUGGCCAUUACAUGAAAAAAGUUUUGACAUUUAACAAAUUUUUUCUUUCUCGUUUCAAAGUAGGCCUUUAUGAAAAUUCAUGUAAUUUUCAAAGUUAAAUAACAUCUACAGAUAUCACUUGUUGUUUUGUUACCGCCUAAUCUAAAAUUGAUGUUGAUGGUUGUUAAUGCUUUGAGACCGUCAACAGUCACUGAAAUUGAGCGAAGCCAUUGAAAGCGGAAUUGUGAGUCACAUUGUCAGCAGUGCCUGUUCCAGAAUGGAUGUCAGUUUGAAAAUACACAUGGUGGUAACAGAACAAUAAAAUUAUGUUUAAAUUACACUUUUUAAGGUGUGAAGUGAAAUUGCAUGAACUUCAAUAAACACCUACUUUACAAUGACUUUAAGUGUGUUACAUAGUGAUUUUGGGACACCCUUUAUAAUAGAGUUCUAUAGUGAGCGAUUUGCACAUAUUUUUCAUGCCACUGUCCGGUUACAUGUACUUUUUUAAACCACAGCAAGACGGUAUGACUCAGGGUGCUUGUGAAAUCGGAAGGAUUUUGUUUUGUGAGGUGUUGUGAGGUGAGGGAAGCCACCUCUGCACAAUGAAUGUAAAAAGGCAAAUGUGGUUUUAAGUUGACCGGUAACUCAAGUUUGCCCGACUGUGCCCUUCACUGUGUACUAUGUGAUGACUUUUCCUGCUGUGUUUACUUAUUGCCCUUGAAACACUGUAUCUACCAUGCUGUUUUAGGUCAUUAGAUGACCAGUUGAAAUGACAAGUCAGCGGGGAACAGUUUAAAAGCCACUUAACCCAUAGGCCUUUGGUUUAUGUAUAGCCUGAUGUCAAGAAGAGUACUAUACAAUUGUGCAAAGAAUGUUCGAGGGCACAUCAUAGGAUAUCUGCUUUCCCCCCCUUCUUUCUACUUUGUUUUUUUCCCCUGUCAAUCUAGUAAACAUCCAACUGCUAAAGCUCAUAUUUAGUAAUGCAGGACUUUCAUCUGUUGGAUCAUAGAAUACCUGAUAUCAUAGCAUUGCAUGCCACAUGGUAUGCCCACUAGUGUCUCUACUCCCAAUAUGUGCUUAAUACUUGUUGUUACAUUAAUCUGUGCAUGUCAUGGUGGUAGGUUACCAAUUCACUGAGCCACUGCCUGUAUAGCCACUGACUAGGCCAUUCCUCAAAGCCGUUUUUAGGUCAUCCAUAAUCGAUUCCAGCACACUGGGAACCACAGUGCUGGCUGUGCCUACUAUGGUCAGUGGUCCAUAUGGGAAUCGGUUGUUCUUCCUUUCCUAAUAUUCCUACUACCAUAUCCAGUCAUUUUGAAUUAAGGUGAUAGGUCUGUUCCGAUUACUGUCUAUGCUUUGGAAAUGUUGUACUUUGGUAUGGCUAGAUCUGACACGUCUAUGUCACUUUUUUACUUUCACAAAAUGUUUUCUUUUGAGGAUUUCUUGAAGUAGUGCAUUCUACAAUAUUGUCACAAGGUUGUAAUGCUGUCCGCUCAUUCACAGCCUUUCUUGACACGGCAAUAGAUGGGUAGGCUUCCCAAACGAAAACAAACACCGCUGGUCAAGGGGGUUUACGUAAGCUGUCUUGCAAACUUUGUGUUAUCUGAAACACAGGUAUAAGAGGAAGUCCAGGUUUGACUAGUGUGUUCAUGCAAUUAUGUACUUUUUUAUUUGUUAUGAUGAUGGGCAAGCUUGGUCGAGCUCGUUAUUGAAGAUGGCAUGUGGUCUCUUGGGGGUAUUCCAAGGACAUGGUUAAGUGAUUAAACUUGGCUAAGUUAACCUAUGGGAAGUGGUUAACCUGCUAAUAGAUAUCCCUGGGAAAAGAUGACUCCAGGCUCUUCUAUUAUAUGAUUUACUACAACAUCUAGUUUAACUUAAUCUGGUCUACUACUGAGCCAGGUUCUUGGAAUACCCCCUGAAUUAUUGGUGUGAUUUAAAUUAAAUGUGCCAAAACAAGACUCUGGUUUUGGAUUUCUUUCUUUCUUUCUUUCUUUCUUUCUUUCUUUCUUUCUUUCUUUCUUUCUUUCUUUCUUUCUUUCUUUCUUUCUUUCUGUGUUCUCAUUAACGCUUCCAUCUGAAUCAAGUAGAAUCUAUUGGUCUGAGAAAGUAGAGUGAAAGGAAGGAUGAUUGAUGCUGCCUAUAUUUGGUCUAUGGUUUUGUUUUUUUAGAUAAUAUAUGAACCUAUUAUUGUGAUAUGGUGGUUGCUUUUGUUUAAUUUAGACGUUGAGUUUUAACUAUGCUUGCCGUGCGCUGGCAGCAUAUUGGCUUUUUUCGUCAAAAUUUUUUGAAUGCUGGACCAAUUUUAAAAUCACAGAGGUGAAGGGUUUUUUAUGUAUAUGUUUUUGCUUUGUGUUUGCGACUGGUCUUUUUUGUGCAAAGAAAAGAUCCUAAGCUCCUUGGUGAUGAUCUGAAUAAAAAUGUCUAACGUUUAACAAGUGUCAGCUGUUUUUUUUUAAUUGAAAGGAUUUAAUGUGGUUUAUUAAUGCA